AUGUGUUCUGCUAGCACAAACUUGAUGAAUGGACAACCACAAAACUUGAUUCAAUACAUCACGGUAACUCAACUCACCCCACAAAUUGUAACCAGAAUUGUGUAUGUACCGUCACCAGUGACUCUAAUGACUCAGCAAAUUCCGAGCAAUUAUGCGACUCUGGAUCAAAUCAAAAAGCUGGAAACUCUCGAACCAGUCAAAUAUCCUGAAACACAGCAAUCAAUGUUUGCUACUUUUGCUACGCCGCUAACUGAUUUAUCUCCUGCACCAUUGCGGCGAUCUAUGGCUACUCUAAUGCAGCAAUCUUUUACCCUUGUCAUUUCUUCGCAAAUACCCACGCAAAAUUCUCUUCAAGUUGAACCUAAUCUGAGUCAUGCUACAAGGAUUAUUUCAGCUUUCUCGUUUCCCACUUUUCAAUAUACAGCAACACCAACUUUUACUUCUUUUCCCACAACAACUCCUUACAGCACAGAAACGAGAAUUACAAGGAAAACUCCUUCAAUCUUUACUACUUCGACAGAAACUUCGAUUACUUUGCCCCCAACUAGAACUGAGACUGCGGGUGCUUGGAAAAUUGCGCCGAAUCAAGAGUCAUCUUUAUUGUAUUUGGCUGGAUUCCUGGGAAUAAUAGUCUCAACUUUUCUUCUCUAUAUAUUCUGA